CAGACGAGUGCGGUUGGUUAUGGCGUCUGGUGCAGUUUUGCUGCUUUCGAGAGAUUGGUUUGAAUUUUACAGACAAUCGAAACGCUUUUUUCAUAGGCUAUUGAAUAAGUUCAUAUCUCAGAAUACGAUGAUCUUAUUCUCCUAAAAACACUGGAGAAAGCAAAACGUUUUAAAUCGUAGGCACUAAUUUGGUCUAACCGUUACUGACUUUUAUGUAGCUAUAAGUAUAAUGACAAACAGGUCUCUCGUCACACAGAUGUGAUAUUAUUGUCAUUUGGUUUUAUUUUGUUUUAAGACCUCAUAUUUUGAUUGGCUUCUUGAGUCGAUUCACGAAGUUUGUUUCGGUUUUUUUUUUUUUUAUUUUUUUUUUGUAGAAGUGUACCGCGCAUAUCAGUCACUACCAUAAGCAAGGAGUGACUUCUUGUGAAUUUGUGACCGGCAGGCGUGGGAAGGCCACCUCCACGGGCUCCCCGGAGUUACCGAGUAUCAUAUCCUCGUAGGUUUGACUGUUGGCAUGUUUACAGCUGUUUAUUCCAAAGUAAAAUCUGAAGAAUAAGCCCUUCCGAUGCACUGUUAGUACAUUUCUCUGUACUGGUGGUUACCCGAACAUUCUUCCAACUUUGUUUCCCGAUCAUGGAAAAUAUAGCUAUGGCUCAAGUCAACGCCACUCUUCCAAGAAGUAGGAAAACACCUUACAAGAACUGCUUGGCCAAAGCUCUUUACGACAAUAUAGCGGAAGCACCAGACGAAAUAGCCUUCCGGAAAGGAGCCGUGCUAACAGUGUUGGAGCAGAAUACCCAGGGCCUAGAAGGAUGGUGGUUAUGCUCACUGCGGGGUCGACAGGGGAUUGCUCCAGGAAACCGUUUACGCAUACUCCCUGGAAUGUACGAUCCUUCCGGAAUGGGUUUUGCAGGGGAUGGUACUGCUAUGCCGGAAAACGCAUCUACUUUACCAGGAACAUUUCCAGGCCCAGGGAUAAGGCAUUCCAGACGGCGUAGCUGGCAUGUAAACCCUAAUAAGGUUGUGAUGCCUCAGAAAGUAGGCGAUGUAUAUUUGUACGACGUUCCGGUUGGAACGAGGGUAACUGAAGAAUAUGAUGUACCUACAACACGAGCACGUGCGCCACUUAACCAUUCAUUACCUUAUGAUAUUCCUCCAGGAUCUCAAGCUGGAAGUUACGACACCCCACCAAGUCCCCGUGCUGUUGUAAUCCAGUCAACAUAUGACGAACCACGAUCUAACGCUCCUGUCAGUGUGGACCCUGGUGUUUAUGACGAACCAAGGCUUACAUAUCCAGAAUCAAACACGUACCACACCCCGUGGUCGGGAAAGAUUCACGAUUACGACGUACCGACAGCUGAGAUGCCUCAGAUAAGCAAGACUACUACUUUAGAUGCAUAUGGUGUGCCUCUUUCAGGUCGCUCCAGUGGAGUGUCCUUGCUUUCAACCAGUUCCUCCUCACUGUUAUCUUCCACCAGUGGCCAUUCGAGUUUAAACGCAUCGCUAUCCUUGUCCAGUCUAUGUGGGUCAAACAGAUCAAGUAUGGAGCCCCAGUUUAACGACUUGUAUGAUAUUCCCCAAAGUGAUCCUCGUAGGGUAUGCACAAGCACUAACGUCAUCAGCACGACAUUUCCUUCACGCAAGCAAGCAGACUUGAACGAUGUAACUCCUACUACAAAGGUUCCUCAAACAUACGAUCUGCCUCCCACGCCGAGACUCGCACAAAAACUACCACAAAAACUCCACGUGGAAGGUCCCUACGAUGUCCCUCCACAGGUCACCCGAGACGUCAGCCCAUGCACUCCCAAGGCACCUGGUGAUGAAGUGAACACAGUUCGGAGGCUAUCAGCUACAAGUACAGGGGAUGUUUUGCCACCGCUAGAGGGCAAGGAACUCCCUCUGGCAUUGGACGCUGCCAUGGAAAUGUUAAUGAAUCGUCACCAAGAAGUGCAAGCAUGUAUCAAUAAACUCUUCAGUUUCAUUAGCGCUACAUGGCGUAAGCGAGAAAAUUUAGAGGCUAAAGUUUAUGAUAUUCAGGUCACAUGUCAGAAACUCCGGAAUACGCUAAGUGAAUUUUUGGACUUCACUUAUGGUGCGUUAGCAAACUCGGUACAUGCAACCGACAAGACUUUAAGUUAUAAGCUUUUCAAAUUGAUCAAGCCGUUAGUGGACUCUAACACAAUCGUAGAAACCACCACACAGUCGCUGGAUGACAAAGGUUGGUUAAUUGCGGGCCUAAUCUCUUCAGAUGAACCUGGAACACCAGACGAGCUAGAUCAGUUAGUAGCUUGUGCUCGUGGACUUACUGAGGACGUGCGACUGGUGGCAUCCUUUAUUCAGGGAAAUUCAUCCCUAAUCUUCAAACGUUCAACGUUGCUCAUAGAUAAUAGGUUCACCUCCACCUCGAAGACGGGCGGCCAGAUGGUUAGUACCUUGGCUAGAGGUCAUCAUGUUCAGGAACGACCGCUUCCUUCCCCUCCUGUACAUAUAACCAAGGUAGACGACGAGUUUCGACUUGAGGGAAAGGAGUGGAUGAAUGAUUAUGAUUAUGUGAGUUUAGAAUCAAAAGCAACAGUGGAGAGAGAAAAUGAAGAGAUCAAAGCAGCCUUGCCUUCUGAACUUAGACAGUCCUUCGAGAAUUUAGUGAAACAGUCAGAAAUUCCAGUUCAAGUUAAGGAAGAUAGCAAGUCUAUUCCUAUAGAAAAUUCCUCAACUGAUAGUUUCCACCAGUUGAGUCCUAAUGAUCGCCAGCUCGUUCACUUUUAUUCAGCACAGGUGGAGAUACACAUGCUUCACCUUACAAAUGCUAUCGACGCUUUUUUGACAACCGUGAAGAAUAACCAACCGCCUAAGAUUUUCAUAGGUCACAGUAAGUUCGUGGUUAUCGGGGCUCACAAGAUGAUUUACAUUGGAGACACUUUGCAUCGAAAUGCUAGCAGUUCUGAGCUAAAAACUCGUGUAAUGCGGAGUUCUGAUGCCUUGUGCGAGUCGUUAAAAACUCUGGUAGCCAGUACGAAAAAAGCUGCCCUCCAGUACCCUUCGGUGGUGGCAGUCCAAGAGAUGAUAGACAGUGUAGUUGACGUCUCCCACGUGGCCAAGGCUCUCCAGGUGACCAUCACUCAGGCGGCCAUAGCAUUCUAAAUCUACCAGCUUCCCACACUUAUACAAACCUAAUAUAUUAGGACACUAAGUAAAUUAGUGAAUAUAAUUUCAGGGAAUAUUGGGCUUUUAUAUUUAGUGUGUUAGUCUUUAUCUGCUCAUCUCCCUCUCUUUUUUUUCAAUGUAUGUCAUAUAGUUAACAUAUGGUAUUAUAGCAUAGUGAAAACCCAAACCAAAGCUUUAGAAAAAGGAAAGCUGUCUGUUUAUUUGUAACGAUUCUUUAAAAUCAGAUCGUGAUUUUAUGUAACCUUUGUUAUUCUUGUAUUACGAGAACUGAAAUUUAAAACACGCGAAGAGUAGAAAAUUGUUGUUUCACUUUUUGAAUUGUAUAUUUCUGAAUAAGCUGCUGUUUAAAAUUCAGUAACUGGAAAGAAGUUCUUUUGAGAUUUGAAAUCGGAUUUGUUUGUGUUUUUCUUUUUUUAUGUUUUUCUCAAGCAGCUUUAAAAAAGGAAUAGCCCUUAUCAUACUGGUUUUGUAUUAUGCAACUGCAGUAAACGUUACAUACUUGAGCUAAAAGGUGAAGUACAUUUUUAUGAAAAAAGUGAUUUUUUUACUUGGAUACUGUUUUUUGUCGUGUGUAAACUGUGAAACUUUUUUCAUGUUUUUUUUUUAAUUUUUUAACUGCUUGUCGAAUUUUUGUUUUUACACUGUAGUGACAGCAGUAGUGUAAAGUACACACGUACAUAUGUGUGUAUACUUAUUACAGAAGAAAAUCCGAUGUUUUUCAAUAAUAAUACUAGUUUAAUUGAUUCAUAAGACUGAUUAAGUAUAUGUACUGUUUUCUUUAUUUUUUUUCCCUAGAUUUCAUAAACGAACUUUCUUUUUAUUUUUUGGAAAACAUAAUAUGGUAUAAUUUAUGGCCAUCUAGAAGCAAUAUUGAAUAGUGUUUUUAAUAAAGUCAAAUAUGGUAAAUUUCACAAAAAUACAUUCGUUAUUGAAGACACAAGUUUUUAAAGCGUGAUAUAAUUAAAAAUAUCUAACUAAAUUUAAAGAAGUCAAUCUAUUAAUGCUCUUAAAAGUGAUGAGAUAAUAUAUACGUGUUUGUGCAGAAUAUAAAUAAAUAUCGUAGUGUGUUAACGAUUCAGAAAAACUAUGUAUACACACUUUAUUUAAUGAUUAGUGAUUUAUGAAAUAGUCCUAUAGAAAAACAAACUGUGCUCACCAUGACGGUAGGCCAGUACUAAACUGUUUAAGUAAUUAUUUGCCCCAAAAAAUAUUGCACUGGCCUAAAUAUGCUGCGAAACAAUUUCGAACCCUUGUAGGCCUGUCUCGUAAAUUACGGAUCGUCAAUCUGAACCAGUGCUUCUCAACCUUUUCCAAUAUCAUUCACCCAUAUAAGUUUUUCACCCCAAUUUGAAAAAGAAGUACGAGAAUUGAUAUUAUUGAAUUAUCAAUAAAUGUAACGCGAAAACCUUUGACGGCAAACUCCAGCAUAACUAAAAUAAAAUUGUGAAAUUAAGCAAGCAUGUUUUAGCACCUCGAUAUUGAGUGUGUUUUCUAAUAUUUAUCAAACAUCAAAUACGAGAUUGUAAGAUAUUCAAAAGAAACGAGCAUAACUAACAUUGACAAAAAAUAUUAAAGGUCCUUACGGUGAGAAAAAAUUAAUAUUUAAAAAUAUGUGAAGACAGGAAGGUUAAAUCCAAGAAGAAGAAAUAUGAGAAAAACCAGAUGUUUCCCUGUCACUAGCUAUUAGAUAGGCCUAUUUUACUUAAUGUUUUUGAAGCAAACUUUGUCACAGCACGGUGUUGUGAUAAUAAACACAACCAGAUGUCGAAAGCUGGUUUUAGGAAUGAAGAAAAGACAAAAUGUUUUACUAUGCAUGAAAAAUAAUGCUUUAAAUUUGUUUCUAAACAAUAAUUUAGAAAAAUCCCCGAACCAGAGUAUAAUUGAUAAUACUCAUUCAUCCUGAUUCUAAUCUCAUUAACCCCUGGGUGGAACCAUUCACCCAGUUGAGAAGCACUGAAUUCUCAACCAACGACCUGUAAUUUACAUUAGUCUAAACUCUAGCACUGGCCAACUGGUUCGUGGAGCCGAGUUCAUUCCUUUGUAUGUUUAUUUUAUAAAUCAUUAAUUCUUCAAAUAUAAUAUGUGAUUAUAUACAUAAAUGUUUGUGUGUGUGUGUAUAUAUAUUAUACAAUUUUCAUGAAUGAGUCGCUUUUAAGUUAAGCCUGUGUUUAAUACUUGUUACUGGAACUUGGUGACAUAAUUGUGAAGAGUACUGUGAAUAUAAGUUGUUAUUUCGAUUAUAAGGCACACUUGCCUUUGACUGUUGUUGUGAGUAUUGAAUUAUUUCACGAGCUGUGAAAAAAAUAUUCCCCCUUUGGACAAGAUUUAACCCUCAGUUACAGUGUUAAGUUACGAAACGUAUGGUGUGAACCAGUGGUAACUGUCCAAACACCAUUUAACAACGAAUCCAUUCUUCAUUUGGAAAUAUGUUUAACGUACACAAAAUGAUUUGUUUAUUAACGUGUCUGUUGGUUUCAUAAUUAAUAUUGAAUAAAACGCAUGCAUUAGAAAUAAAAAACGAGUCCACCGGUGGGUCAGUGAUAAGUGUACGAACUUACAACGCAAAAAACCUGGAAUUCGAUUCCACGCGCUAAAUAGAACGCGAAUAGCCUAUUCUGUAACUUUGAAGUAAAACAAAUAAGCAACUAAGAUAUAUUUCUUUUUAUCGUUUUGUUGUCAUCUAGUAGCUUGAAAUUUUGAUUAUUUCUAACAUUUCUCUGAUGCAGCCUGGCCAUAUAAUAGUUUCUACUAAGGAAAACAAAACAUGAAAUAAAUAGUAGAAGAAAAUAUAUAUUUCUAACCAAGGGCGUUAUCUCCAAUUUAAUGACUUUACUGUAUAAUUAGGGGAACGUGUAAUGAAGAUGCCUAAAGUGCAACUCUUUCUACAUCUUGUUUAUUCUGUAAAUUGGAAGUUGGAUUGCACGUUUGUACCAGUUUAAAUUAGCAAUGCAGAUUUAUAGAUGCAUCGAAUCUCUUGGGAAAUACUAUUAUGUCAGGACAAACUUUCAAGUAAGCCUGGAUUUUUACUGUCUUCCUCGCAAUGUUGUAUAACUGUGCAGGUGAUUAGAAAACGUGUUUCCAAACUGUUAAAUAUAGUAUAUUAAAUACGUUGGAUUAUAAAUAUAUAUAUAUAUAAACAUAUGAUUAUGUAGUUACAGGUACUCUAGAACUUCUGCAAAUCUUGUUUUUGUUCAAAAAUUGUAUCGGUGCUUCUUAAGCGUUUCAGUUUUAGAAGUACUACACAUUUUGACUGACGAAAGCGGUUCGUUUUGGUUCCACAUUUUUGAAAUACCAAACACGUUUGCUGCAUUGUUUCAAAAUUUUCUGGUUGUUAUUAUCAAUGUUUUCCAAACUCUUACCAAUAAUAUGAAAAGAAGCAUUUUGUUACUUGAGGGGGUCAUAAGUUAAACGUACGAGAUGUUUAGGUUUUAACCUUUUCGUUUUCACGUUUUUUUAGUAAUAGUUAUUGUAAAUUUGUUUUUUCUGGAUGUUCUCCUGUAAAUUGUCUUCUUUGGUUUCAAUAAAGCACGUUUCUAAUGACA